CUCAGUUACAACCGCCACCGCGCCUACCUAGGUAAGGUAGUGAAGUGGAAGACUGCAAUCUUGUUUUCUGUUAUGAGUUCAUUCGAAUCGCUUGGCACAUACACUCACUCACUACGAAUUUCACACCUCUUAUCCCCUCCACACCAUGACGCGACGACUUCCUUGGGACCGUGAUACUCCAGAAGGGUUACCAACACCAAAGAAACCAACGAGCGCAACGACUCCGCGGAAACCCGCGAUACAACACCAUGCCACGCCCAAGCAAUCUACGACUACUGCUUCAUUGGGGAAUUCCAGCCGCAAAACAGCCCGCUCAGAUGGCUUUCUCGAGGAUAGAAGCCCCUCUACCUCACCACCUCCAGAACCUCUCACAGAGACCUUCAUGAUUGAAGGGCUGGAGCACGAUGACAAAUACCGCAUGGUUGAGGACGAACUCUUCACUGUCGCGGGACAGUUUACUGCCCAUCUCCAUGCGGCCGAGUACCAACGCCUUAAGGCCCAGACGCGGAGCCAAAACGCGGAGACGAUCAAAAACAUUUCCCGCCCUGUCGUCGGAUCUCUUACCGAGCUCGCGCGUAAACGUCAGGAGGAGCUGCUUCGUAAGAAGAAGCAGCGCGAGGCUUUACGGCAAGCGAAGCAGGAGGCGGGCAGGGACGGUGAUGAAAGCGGAGAUGAGACUAGCAUUCCGUGGCGAGGAACCUCACUACAAGGCCUCAUGCAUAGCCCGAGGAAGAAGGAGGUGCCGUUGAUGGCGCUUACGAAGACAGAUUACAGAACGAAGGCUUCAAGUUUGUUUGGAGGUCUGGUGAGGUCGCAGAGUAAGAGGCCGAUCACUGCGAUCAAGUCCGACCAGGAUGAUGAGGAGACCGAGGAUGAGAGCGACGACCUGGGGCGUCCCAGCCGAUUCACAGCCGGGAUGGAAGACGCAAGAGCCCGAACGACGUCCAGGAGACCCUCUCAUUCCUUAGGGACUGGUGCAGAAGCACCUAGUCGAUCUGUUCUGCAGAAAUCAAAGAUACCGGAUGCCAGCAUACGGAUGGCAGAGACUAAACCUGCUAUUUGCAGGGGGGUCCACCCGCAUCAAUGUUGACGAGACCAGCCUCUACAGAAACAACAACAACCCUUGACAGUAAUAGGGAAGAAGAUGAAGACGAUGACGAUGACGAUUUAUUUACAAGAUUCAAAAAGCGAAGAGCAACUUUCAAGCCCCAGCGCCGGGGGCCAGAGAAAAGGGAAGAAAGGCCGGAGUCGAAGGAGAGCCGAGAUAUAAUUCCAUCAUUCAUC